CACUUGCAUAACGACUAACGAGUCAUGUGACAGAGUGUUGUUGGUUUGUUGGGCUUCCUGGUUUCCGUGAUCAUGUGAAUACUACAGCUAGCCGUCCCGGUCAUACACACUACCCCAGUUUGGGCACUCGACACCCCGCUACAGCCUGCGCUGGUUCCCACUAGCUACUCUAUGGCGGAUGGAGAGCGUAGCCCGUUGCUUUCGGACCAGCACGACGGGACGAAUGGUGCCUCGUAUGGCUUUCCCCCGAGGCCACAGAGUUUCCCUCCAUUCCUCAGCCCCAGUGCCCCUCCAUUCCUCAGCCCCAGUGCCCCUCCUCCAGUCCUGUUCGGUGAAGCCCCGCCUCCCUACUCUCCCCUGGGCAGCCCAGACAUUGGCAGCUCCCCCAUCAUCAGUUGCAGGGUGUGUCAGAGUGCCAUCAACGUGGAGGGAAAGACACACCAACACGUAGUCAAGUGUGUCAUCUGCAAUGAGGCUACGCCUAUAAAGAAUGCUCCAGCAGGGAAGAAGUAUGUACGCUGCCCCUGUAACUGUCUCCUCAUCUGUAAAGUCACCUCCCAGAGGAUCGCCUGUCCCCGACUUUACUGUAAGCGUGUCAUGAACUUGGGUCUGGUGCCUGCUGCAGGGUCCGGUUCAGGCAGUCCAGAACCUCAACAACUCGCUGGGGUCAGAGUGGUCUGUGGACACUGCAGAAACACAUUCCUGUGGACUGAUUUCUCAGACAGAACGUUAGCCAGAUGCCCCCACUGCAGAAAAGUCUCUUCUGUUGGCCGGCGGUACCCCAGGAGGCGGGGCUUGUGGUGUUUCCUGUUGUUUUUGGUUUUCACUGGCGGCACGGCAGGACUAGUGUUGGGAACGUGUAAAUCAGCCUUGCUCAACAGAGGGAUCUAUGCCUCCUGGGUCUUCCUGAUUCUCCUGGCUGUACUGAGCAUGUGCAGAAUGAUCUACUGGGGCUGUCUGAAGAUCAGCGAACCUAUACAGAACAGCCCAUAGAGGGGAGAGGAGCCCAUACAGAACAUCACAUAGAGGAGCCCAUACAGAACAUCACAUAGAGAGGGAGAGGAGCCCAUACAGAACAUCACAUAGAGGGGAGAGGAGCCCAUACAGAACAUCACAUAGAGGGGAGAGGAGCCCAUACAGAACAUCACAUAGAGGGGAGAGGAGCCCAUACAGAACAUUACAUAGAGGAGAGAGGAGCCCAUACAGAACAUCACAUAGAGGGGAGAGGAGCCCAUACAGAACAUCACAUAGAGGAGAGAGGAGCCCAUACAGAACAUCACAUAGAGGGGAGAGGAGCCCAUACAGAACAUCACAUAGAGGGGAGAGGAGCCCAUACAGAACAUCACAUAGAGGGGAGAGGAGCCCAUACAGAACAUUACAUAGAGGAGAGAGGAGCCCAUACAGAACAUCACAUAGAGGAGAGAGGAGCCCAUACAGAACAUCACAUAGAGGGGAGAGGAACCCAUAGAAAUGGGGGGGGGGUUCCUCAAUGCUGGAAGAGGGACCCCGAGUUAAAACAUUAGGGAACCCCUGACAUGGAGAGGAACAGAGAGAUGUACUAAGGGAGAUAUGGUAUUGGAAGGAGCGUGAGAACAAACAUUAACAUGACCAAGUCAAACUAGAUCAAACCAGAUCCAACCAGAUCAAACUAGAUCCAACCAGAUCAAACUAGAUCCAACCAGAUCAAACUAGAUCCAACUAGAUCAAACUGUCUAAACUGCCUCUGUCUGGAAUAACUAACUGGUCUUAGUGGAUAUGUCCCAAAUGGUGCACCACUCAACGUUUGACCAGAGCCCCUUUUCCCUAUAUAGUGCACUACUUUAGACCAGGGCCCUAUAGAACCCUAUUCCCUAUAUAGUGCACUACUUUAGACUAGGGCCCUAUAGACUAAUAGUCCCCUACUGGACUGGCUGUUAGGACUAAUAGUCCCCUACUGGACUGGCUGUUAGGACUAAUAGUCCCCUACUGGACUGGCUGUUAGGACUAAUAGUCCCCUACUGGACUGGCUGUUGGGACUAAUAGUCCCCUACUGGACUGGCUGUUAGGACUAAUAGGCCCCUACUGGACUGGCUGUUAGGACUAAUAGUCCCCUACUGGACUGGCUGUUAGGACUAAUAGUCCCCUACUGGACUGGCUGUUAGGACUAAUAGUCCCCUACUGGACUGGCUGUUAGGACUAAUAGUCCCCUACUGGACUGGCUGUUAGGACUAAUAGUCCCCUACUGGACUGGCUGUUAGGACUAAUAGUCCCCUACUGGACUGGCUGUUAGGACUAAUAGUCCCCUACUGGACUGGCUGUUAGGACUAAUAGUCCCCUACUGGACUGGCUGUUAGGACUAAUAGUCCCCUACUGGACUGGCUGUUAGGACUAAUAGUCCCCUACUGGACUGGCUGUUAGGACUAAUAGUCCCCUACUGGACUGGGAGGAAACCUGGAGGAGCCUGCACUCGCCAUCACACCAAUAUUUUUUUUUUCUACUGUAGAAUCUGAUUUUUACUGUAAAAACUGACACACUCCGUUUCUACAGUAAAAUAAAUCACUGAGUGCUACAGACCUGGUGAUAUUUAUUGGUUUUUGAUCGACCGGUGAUAGAUUGGUGUGACUAUAUAUAUAUAUAUUUCACUCACUCUCUGCAGUCAUUGUUAUGUGAUUUAUUUUUAAAUAGUUGGUUUAUUUUCUAUUAUAGAGGUGUCUCCUGUUGUCUGUCACACUCUCUGGUUAACUGUUGUAAUAUCUAACUAAGCGGAGUCCCAAAUGCCUCCCUAUUCCCUACUGCUAUUGACCUGAGCCCUAUUGGCCAUAGUGCCCUGCUUUUAAAGUAGUGCCCUAUAAAGGGGAUAGUGUGCCAUUUGGGAUGCAAAUCUAACUGUAACGUGUUGUUGGCACUACAUCCUAAUGAUUUAGAUCUGGUCCAAGGCGUUACGCGCGACUUGGCUGGUGCCGAACCUGCUAGAUGCACGUAACAACAUGGACAAGAGCUACCUAUCAAUUAUACAGCUGAAUAAUAACAGGUCCUGUUGUGCUGAUAUUCUGAGUAAUAAUGUUGUGAGACUAAAAUACUUUUAACAAAACCUCUGUGUGUGUGUGUGUGUGUGUGUGUGUGUGUGUGUGUGAGAGAAAUAUAUGCAUAGGCAGAGUGGGAGAGUAGUACACUGUUAAAAGGGUAAGCCGUUGGAGGGUUUUAGGUGGUUAUACUAUGCCUGAUUUAAAUGUUUCAAUUAGAAUUUUAGGACCCCUUUAGGUAUCAAAAAGUUAUAUAAAAAAAAAUGUAUUUGAUCAAAUACUGAAUUUGGCCUUUACUACUGUAGCCCAGAGAAAUGCAUUGAAUUACACAUUCAUAAA